UACGAAAAAGGAAGUAAAUACUCCUCCAAUAUUAGGGUUUGCUAUAUAAAUGAUGAGAUACAGAGAAGCAGCAGAGCUUACAUGCGCAAUGGCGUGUACUGUGGAUUUUCGAUGCCUGGAUGAAGGAUUCGGUGGGAAAACCUACAAACGAAAGAGAGCUGAGAAAGAGCUAAAUGUACCAACAGAAGAAGAAGGUGACGGAAUGGCCAUGGAAGUAGAAGUAUCUAAGAGACAGGCGGUUCCAUCUUCGGCGGAUCCAAACAAGCCCGUGCUUGGAAGGCCCACCUACGACGGGGUGAUCGCAGGGAGAGUAUCUGGGAGAAAUUGGAAACAGCCGAGGAAACACAGGUCAUCGGCAUCGAAGGUGAGCGUUAAGGGCAAGUCGUUGGAGCAGAGGAUGAAAGAAAAGGAGAUGAAGAAGGCUUACAGGGAGAGGAUGAAUGAGCUAAAGGAAGAGAUAAGACAGAACAAGGUGAACAAGAGGAAACACAAGGAGGAAAGAGACAAGAAGAAGCAGGAAAACAUUCUCAAGUCAGGGACCAAGGUUCAGAAGAUCACCAAUCCAAAGACGCUCAAAAAGAUUGCUAAAUCUAAGCAGAGGAAGCUCCUCAAGGUUGUUUCUGACCAAACCAAAACAAUUAACUAGUCCUCGUCUCUCUUAUACCAUUCAAAAUGUACUCUUUUUUUUUUUUUUUUUUUUUUUGCAAUGCAAUGAGAUUAUGAUACUCAUUCAUAUCUAGUUUCUGUAGCAUGCCCUGCACCACCAUUUAAUUUGUCUGUUAUGCUUGCUGCAAUACCAUUCUCUGUUAUGAUCGGAAAGCUGUUUCCUACCCCCCAUUUUCCAUCGCACACUGUUUGGAUGGAUGUUACAGUUAUAGUCAAUACAACAAUUUUCGUUUUCAUGUAUAAAA